AUGAGAUUGCGAUUGUUCGUCAGCUCUACAGAGGAUGCGUGUGGUGGUACGGAGGCUGGGGAGAAGCACAUGGACACCUACCUCAAGGGGGCGCCAGAGGUUGUGGCCAGGUUCUGCGGAGAGCACACAGGUUAGUUAGACCCUUACCAACUCUUACCAGGGAGCAGUUUGCCAGAACAUUGCCAACCUGUAUGUGGACUGUCAAGACAGGCUUUGGAAACACUUAAAAUGAUAUAGACUUUAUUGCAGGGGAACUGACUGUAACCCAUAUUUACUCUUCUUUUCCUUCCUUUAGUAUCAGAGAGUUUUAGCGAGACACUGGAGUCAGGGGUUCAGAGUCAUAACCCUGGCCCAUCGCCAAACUCUCCUUGUCAAACUUAGAACCUCAACAGGUAGUAGAAUGUGCUGAACACUGUAAAAGGCAAUUUUGCAAUAGCAAGUUGACUUUGAAAAGGUAAAAGAGGAGACUUGACUUCAGUAUCUGGUGGAAGUAAACGGUUUAAUACAGAGCUUUGAGGUACAAGUGGUCAUGUGAAAAUGCAGACUAAUAGUAACAGAGGCUAAAAAAGCCAAGGCCACUAGUAUUGUGUGGUAGAGAUUGGCUAAAAGGCAUGGCUCAAAGGCAAAUUCUUCUAAUGUCUCAAGAUUAUAUAGUCAUUCUGAAUUACGAAUACAUGCAUCAUUACAGACGUUGGUUGAUAUGAAACUGAUACAAUUUCCAAUUGAACAAUGAGAACAGUGAGAUAACGGCUACUUUGGGUACAGAGUGAAAUUCAGCAGUUUAGUUCAAGAUUGGAUUGUCAGUUCCUGAAGCCUAGAAUUCUGUGUCCUGGCAUCUGAUACAUAGAUACAUGGAAAAAAACUUGUAGACCUUUGAUAAUAAUAAGCAAAAAUAUGUGAAGAUGUGGUGGUCGUCGAUCUUCUUCGUCUGGAUCGGUCCCCACAUUACAAUGUGCUGAACCAAUCACAGUAAUGAGAACUAGCUUAUUUCCUGUUGGAUGAUUCAAGACAUCUGUAAACUUGAGUUAGCUAUUUUCCUUUUACCUAGGCUAAAUUCUUAUUUUUUAAUUGUCUGUUUUCUAUUCCUGUCAGGGAUCUCAUAGAGACCAAUAUGGAGUUCCUUGGGCUCCUAAUCAUGCCAAACAAGCUGAAGGAAGAGACUGCUGGGGUUUUAAAAGACCUACGAUGUGCAAACAUUCGCACUGUGAUGGUUACAGGUGAAUAAGGUAAUCUUAUACACAGUCUUCACUCACAGUAAAACAUGUUGAGAUGGAUGUACUGUAGCCAAUCUUACCAUACUUCCACCAGCGCUUUAGACUCUGAAGGAACCAUCAGUACUGCAACUGCUAUUAUGUAAUUUGGGAUGACUAAACUAGCUAUGACUAGCUGCCACACCGACACUGGUAACAAUGUCUGUCUGUAGGUGAUAAUAUGCUAACAGCUAUAUCAGUAGCCAGAGACUGUGGGACGAUAGCACCUCAUGAGAGGGUCAUCAUAGCAGACGCCACACCUCCCAAAGACAUCCAGCCUUCUAGGAUCAAUUGGCACUACACAGAGAACCACUCCACCAGCAUAGAUAUCCAUGUUGAGGUGAGGGAAAAACAGCAUUGUAGAUUGAUAUUCAACUAUUCUAUAAAGACAUGAUCUGAUUUUAUUAAGAAAGUCUCCCUUGGAAACAAGAUUCUUUAUAUUUUAUAAAGGACUUCCUGGAUAAAUAAAGCAGUAUGUGUGUUAUUUUAAAAGGUAGCUACACACUGUAUGUGUCUAUUCAGUACAUUGCACUUCCUGUAGCUUAAGCACGCAGUUUCUCUUCUUAUCAUUGAUAUUGUUGCAACUGAUGAUCCAUCAUGGCCGUUCCUGCCCCCCUUUUCUCUAUUGUUCCCCAGUCAGUGGAGAUCAGCCUUGAGGAUGUGUGCCAUGUGGCCUAUGGUGAGCAGCCCACGCAGCAGGAGCAGCGCUACCACUUUGCCAUGAGUGGCAGGUCCUUCGCUGUCAUCACAGAACAUUUUCCUGACCUGGUCCAAAAGGUCAGUGCCAAAUUCCAUCCCUCUAUUUGGACAACUGAAAUUAAAUAA